AUGAAUUCAACUUUUUCUGAUCUUGAAGCAGAGGCUGAUUUAUCCUUUGAGCAGGCAAUUGGAUUUAGUAAUUCUAAUCCGGAACUCUCGGAUAAGUUGGAGAAGCAGUGGAAAACAUUGAAAAAGCUAAGAUCGGAGCAAAAUGAGUUAAUGCACAAGCUUGGGUUAGAAAAUCCACUGGAUAUUGAAAAAGAACUAGCACGGAGUAGUGAGAAAAGCAGAAAGACACAUAUCAAGAAGCUUAAUGAAUACAAUGGCUUGAAAGACAUUGCAAUGCAACUUGUGUCUAUGAUAGCAGAAAAGAGAUCCAUCACGAUCACCGACGUUUUAAAUGAGAUGGGUGUUGAUCCAGAUGAUGAUGGCGGCAAAGGUAAAAGAAAGAGAAAGCACGACUAA